UUUUUAAUUAUGCGUUUUAAAUCAAAGUUUUUCUUCAAGUUUUUCAUUCUUAUUUUUAUCAUAUGGAUUCCCUUGCUUCUACUGCCACUUAUACUCUACGGCAAAUGCUCGCACAGUGGCUCUCCCUACUGCCAAUUAUUUUCCAGUCCAUAUUUUCCCGACGCUGCUGAUGGGGGACAUGGCACGAAUCAACAAAGUGAAAAUGGUUUUGUUCGACAUGGAGAAAUGGGAGAGCCUGUUAAAUUCCAGCCUGGAAGGGAAAAGGAAAUAGAAAGGCUUUUUAAAAUAAACCAGUUCAACUUGCUUGCCAGUGACCUUAUAUCUGUCAACAGAACAUUACCUGAUUAUCGAAUGUCAAGAUGCCCGAAACAUCUAUCCCAGUCAUAUAAACUUCCUUCAACCAGUAUUGUUAUAGUUUUUCACAAUGAAGCUUGGUCAACACUUAUAAGAACCAUAUGGAGUAUUAUUAACAGGACACCAAGCAGUUUAUUGAAAGAAAUUAUAUUGGUGGAUGACGCCAGCGAAAAAGAUUUUCUAGGUGUACGUCUUGAUGAUUACAUAAAAUCAAUCAAUGCAAAUAUUCAGUUAGUUAGAAUGCAUGAAAGAAGUGGUCUGGUUAAGGCUCGGUUGAAAGGUGCUAGUAUCGCAAAGGGAGACACCCUAACCUUUCUGGAUUCCCAUUGUGAAUGUACAGAGGGCUGGCUGGAACCUUUACUCUUUGAAAUUUAUAAAAAUAGGAAGACGAUAGCCAGUCCAAUGAUUGACGUGGUGAAGGAUGAUACGUUCCAGUACGUCAGGGGGGCCAGUAACAUGUGGGGAGCAUUCAGUUGGACGCUCACCUUCAAGUGGUACGUCUUACCGGAGCGAGAGAUGAAGAGGAGGAAUUAUGAUAAGUCUGAACCAAUCAGAACGCCAACAAUAGCUGGAGGGCUGUUCAGUGUCGAUAGAGCAUUCUUCUAUGAGAUGGGAACGUAUGACGAGGGUAUGAAUGUCUGGGGAGCCGAAAAUCUUGAGAUCAGUUUCAGGACGUGGAUGUGUGGAGGGCAGCUGUUGAUUGUACCAUGCUCACACGUUGGACAUGUCUUCCGCAAGAAGACACCCUACACGUUUCCCGGCGGGUCAGACAAGGUCAUUUUGAAUAAUAACGUCAGACUCGCUGAGGUCUGGUUGGAUGAAUGGAAGAACUUCUAUUACCUCGUCAGACCAAAUGCGAAGAGCGUGUCUGCAGGCAAUCUGACAUCCAGGCUGGAGCUUCGUGAGAGAUUGAAGUGCAAAAGUUUCAGAUGGUACCUCAUUAAUAUAUUUCCCGAGUCUCAGUUUCCGUUAAAUUAUAUCUUCUUUGGCAAGGUUCGUAAUGAACAAUUGAAA